AUGUUGACUUUACCAAUUGAUGAAGUUGUCAUGAUGCCCGGAACAAACUUUGAUGAUGUUAGCGAAUCCGAGGAUAAAGAGUCACAAACUUGUGCGGAGCAUGAGCAAUGUUCAAUUGAUCUCAACAACAUCACCCCGUCGGUAGAGUCAGAGAGAGACGAGAAUGGCAAGGAAGGCGAAGAGGAUGAAGAACACCCCAAAAGGAGAGGACCCAGGAAAAAGGUGAUGACGAAAGAAAGGAUUGAGCGAGUCAAACUGAGGAGGACUGAGGCCAAUGCCAGGGAGAGAAAGCGGAUGCACGGUCUCAACAACGCGCUGGAUAACCUUCGCAAAGUUGUCCCAUGUUAUUCCAAAACACAGAAACUGUCCAAGAUAGAAACACUGCGCCUCGCUAAGAACUACAUCUGGGCUCUGUCGGAGAUCCUGCGCAUUGGUAAGAGACCUGACCUGCUGACGUUUGUCCAAAACCUGUGUAAAGACUUGUCCCAGCCCACCACCAACCUGGUAGCUGGAUGCCUGCAACUCAACACGAGAAACUUACUGAUGGAUCAGAACGGAGAUGGAGCACAUAUCGCCAGGUCACAGUUUUCCUCCACCCUCUACACCUAUCAAACCCCUGAUCUCGGCAGCCCCUCAGUACAGAGCCCAAUGGACGGCUCCUCGAAGUCCAUCAAACCUUACAGCUACUGUGGUGCUUAUGAGUCCUUCUACCAGAACGCUUCUCCCGAGUGUGUGAGCCCGCAGUUUGACGGUCCCCUCAGUCCUCCAAUUAACUUUAAUGGGAUUUUCUCCCUGAAGCAAGAAGAUCCAUCUGACUAUGUGAAAAAUUAUCACUAUGGCAUGCAUUAUUCUGCUGUGCCAGCCAGCCGUCCCCUUGGACAGAGCUACAUGUUCAGCCCAGCCAUGCGAUGUGUGGUGCCCACAGACAGUACAUUUCCUUACGAUUUCCAUCUGCGCAACGAGACACUUUCAAUGCAGGACGAAUUAAAUGCGGUUUUUCAUAAUUAA